UUUUUUUUUCCUCUGAGAAUAUUUUUUUUAAUUAUUAAUACUGCUCUAAAUAUGCUGAGUAAUAAUGUAAUAUUCAGGUUGUGUAAUUUGGAGAGGAUCAGCUGUGUGUGUGUGUGUGUGUAAGCAUUGACAUGUUUUUACUUGAAUACAGAAUGAUGAUGAUGAUGAUGAACCAGAAAAUGAGUUUCAGAUGUAAUUUCUGUUUGUGUUUGUAGUUAUUUAAGCAUUAUGGAAACUCUUCAGGAUAUGAUAAUUGUUUUUCAUUUGUUUUUCUUCUUGUUUUUGUUUUGUGAACUGUAAGCAAGUGUGAUUGUAAGUCCAGAGUGCCUGAACAUUUGUGUAAAUAGUACACUUAAAAGAAAAAAAACAUAAAAUAAACCUUCCAGUGAAAUGCAAUGAAUACACACCAGUGUCUGUGUAUAACUGCUUAAUAAUGCAUUAGCUUUUAAGUCUGAUUAUAACCGUCUCGUACCUGAUAUUUGCCAAAAGGCAUUUAUUUUCUGAAUUAUUACCAUUUUUAGACUUGGAUAUGGAGGAUUGCUUCUUUUGCAAAUCUGAUAAGUAAAAUUCACAAAAGGUAAAUAAAAUGAUUUGGACCUUUAAGGGUUCAUUGGCUAAUUAAAGGAACCCUUUAUGAUAGGAAAAAUACUGUUGUUGAGUUUUAAAUGGAACCUUUCAGGGUUCUCCCAGAGGAACAGAUGAAGGACAUUUGUAAAAGACUGUACGAUUUGACUGAUUUGGAUUUGUCUGUUUGUUUUUUGAGAUUUGGGCUCAGAGGAGCAGUAAGACGUUUCAGUAUGAGCGUAAACAGGUUCUGAUGCUUUGAGAAGAUUUUAGGUCUUGAGCCUUUCAGUGGUUCUCCGUCCUGUAUCACUAACAGUAUUUGUUUUAAGACACAUGUUCUAUGGCCUUAAAAGUCCACCUCCACGCUGGACCCCUGAUCUGCUCCUGGACUGAGGUUUCCAAUAGAACCUACAUCAUAUGGCUAAAAGUGUGUGCACCCCUGACCAUCACACCCAUAUGUGCUUGUUGAGCGUCUCAUUCCAGAUUUAUUCCCCGUGUGUUUGCUGUUAUAAUGAGCUCCACUCUUCUGGGAAGCUUUCCACUAGAUGUUGGAGCGUGGCUGUGGGGAUUCGUGUUCAUUCAGCUACAAGAGCAUUAGUGAGGUCAGGCGCUGAUGUUGGGAUGUCGAGGAGGUCUGGGGUUCAGUCGGUGUUCCAGUUCAUCCCAAAGGUGUUCAGUGGGGUUGAGGUCAGGGCUCUGUGCAGGACACUCGAGUUCUUCCACGCCAACCUUCACACACCAUGUCUUCAUGGAGCUCGCUUUGUGCACAGUUUGGGGAAGAACCACAUACGGGUGUGGUGCUCAGGUCCACAUACUUUUGGCUGUAUAGUAUAUAAUCAAAUCAGAUUAGAAAAUGCGGUUCUGUUCUGUUGGAAUAAACUGCAUCAGUGUCUGAGGAGUAAUCUGAGCCUAAAGCUUGGCCCUGAGUGUGUGGUUAAAGUGCAUGGCUCUUCUCUGCAUCCGUGUCAUGUGUCCUGUGCUCAGUGUUCCCAAUUAAGCUAAUGGGGGUUUGCUGUCACUCUUCUCCACACACACACACACACACACACACACACACUCACUGGUGCAGAGAGAAAGGCAUUUAUUCAGUACAUUUAUACCCAAGCUCAGGUUCAGCAAAGCUUUUGCAGACCCUCAAUCUCCAAAUCUAACCAACUUUAUCCAUCACUGAGGGCUUUGGAUUUCCUCGAGGGACAAUGAUGAUGAUGAUGAUGAUGAUGAUGAAGGAGCUGCCCAGACUUUAAUGUGAAUGACUGCGUGUGCAUCCUGUUGGUCCAAUCGCAGGAAGGGAGGAGGAUUCAGCCAGCAGCAGCAUCAGCAGCAUCAGCAGAAGCAGCAGCAGCCACCAAACCCGUCUUAUAAUGAAUUAGGAUUGGAAAUGGAGCUGCUCGUAUUCGCACGCGCUUCAUCCGGAUGUGAUGUGAUGUGAUGUGAUGCUUCAUUCUGAGAUAAUUAAGCACCGCGUCGGUCGUGUUGCGAUGCUCCUGCUGCUCUUCCUGAAUCCGAUCUCCUAGUAAUCUGUUGCAGAGGUGGGAGAUCUGCGGGAGCCGCACAUGCGUGACACCUGAUCGGUAAACGGAAAUUCGGUGGCCUCGAGGCUCCGGUGAAGCCUCACGUUUUUGGUGUGUGUGUGUGUGUGUGUGUGAACGCAUGAAGACUGGUGUGUGAGGUGCAGUGGGGAACUUGUGCCUGAUGGACUGUGAUGGGAGACGAUGAUCUUUAUGGCCGUCGGCGCAGCUUUGGUGAUGGUGAUAGCGCGCUGUGUGGACAUGAACGCGCUGCUCGAUCGCUUCCACAAUUACAUCCUUCCUCAUGUGCGAGGCCCGGAGCGGGUGUGUCACUGCACCUGUGGCAGACACCGGCUGCAGUACGUGAUCCCGUACGAGGGUUCGAGCUCGCCAGACCGAGACCUUCCAGCAGGGGGCAGCAGUGUGACUAAGCAGGAAGUGGACCUGGUUCUGGGGCUGCUGCUGGGCUUCUGUAUCAGCUGGGUUCUGCUCUGGCUGGACAGAACCCUGCACCGGGUUCUGCGGGCUUGGAGAACCCACCCACAGAAAGACGUGUGGAGGUCGUGGAAGUGGGUGACGAGAAUGUGUAACGUACAGGAGCUUCGCAGGCGGCUGCAGCAGCGCAGGAACAACAGCGGAGGGGACAACAACGUGGUACACGUCAAACACAAACACUACCACAACGGGCACCUGAGCCCACGCAGACUCUAAUCCACACACACACACACACACACACACACACACACACACACACACACACACACUGCAGCAGGCAUCUGGGCCUAGAAGCACUCUUUGACAAUGGUCUCAAUGCAGCUCGCUCUCUCUCUCUCUCUCUCUCUCUCACUCACACACUAACACACACACACACACACAGUACUAAUUGAUGCUUCCCCUGAACUCACACUGACCUGAUUCUCCAAGGAUGUGACUGUAUUUAACGCACAGCAGGACUGAAGUCCCUGAACUCUUGUG